AUGGCACGAGUUUGUGGAAGUAUAAUCAAGUUGGGAAUUAAACCGAGUAAGUUUAAUGAGGAUAACGAGGGUAACCUUUCAUCAUUGUCUACAAUUGAUACGGUCAAAGCAACUAUCAAAAGGUUUGAAUGGGAUGUUAAGAAGGCAAUACAAGAAUCACAAUGGUAUCCCAAGACAAAUGGGUUGGAAAAACAAGAUGUGAACCACAAGUUGAUUCCAAUUGUCUACCCUUUUAUGGAAGACCUUAAAGAAACCAUGAAGCAAGAUCUAACGGGUAUACCAAUUACCACAAAGACAAGAGAACGAGAAAUGAAAGAUUUGAAACACUUGUUGAGUAUGGAUAAGAAUUCAUCUGGACCAAGGCUAGAUAUGGCAAGUAAUUCAUUACCAUUGGGCACUGCUCAUCAAUCUGAGACUACUGCUCCAGAUCAUAAGAAAGAUAUUGCUUGGGAAUGGGGUGAAAGAAAAGAUCCAACUAGAAGAAAUACUCUAACUUGUAAGUUAUGUGGGAAAAUAGUAUCUGGGGGAAUCACUAGGUUCAAGUACCAUAUAUUGAGUAGGGUAGGGGAAGUUAGAGGAUGUCCCAGUGCAACUAGCGACAUUAUUGCCAAGCUUAGAGAGGUAGAAAUAAUAAAGAAUAAGCAAAAGGUUCACAUGGAUCAGAUUGACUUGAUGUAUGCAACAGUUGAUUUCAAUGGAGAAUCUGGAGAUGAUGAAGAUAUUGGGGUAGAGGAGGUUGAAGCGGAUGUCGUUGCUCCGUCUAAAAGAAAAUCCAAAGGUGCAAGUAAUGUAAGGGGUCCUAUUGAAAAAUUCAUGAAGACUGAUUAUUCAAAAGUGAAGCAAACAACACUUGAGAGACAAAGUGCUACCAAACAUAAGUUGAAGAAUAAGGCGUGGAAUAACAUAUCGUAUUGGAUGACCGAAAAUGCUAUACCUUUCAAUAUUGUUUGUUCCCCUAGUUUCCAAGUGAUGCUCAACUCUGUUGGAGAUUAUGGAAAAGCUCUGUCGGUGCCAUCAUACCAUCACAUUCGUACAAAUCUCUUCGGUAAGCAACUUGAAGAAAUGAAGAAGUUUGUUGAGACGUUUAAACCAUAUUGGAAGAGAUUUGGUUGUACUAUUAUGUCUGAUGGUUGUACAGAUGAAAAAGGGCGUCACCUUAUUAACUUCAUGGUAAAUUGUCCAAAAGGAUCAGUAUUCUUAAAGGUGGAUGCCUCAUCACGAACCAAUGAUCAAUUUUACAUAGUUGAACUUGUUAAUGAGGUAUUGGGAUUGCAGAUAUUGGGAUUGGUUACUGGGAAGCUUUUAAUGAUUGAACACCCAACCUUAUAUUGGACUCCAUGUGAUUCCCACCGCGUCAUCUUAAUGCUUGAAGAUCUUGGUAAAAAGCUUAAUUACACCAAUAAUAAGAGUUGUUACUCUAGCUAUAAAGAAGUUGUUGGGAAAGUGAUUGUGAAGAUUGUCGCUAGUAGUGCAUUCUGGAAGCAUUGUGAUUUUUCUUGCAAAGUGUUGAAACCUUUAGUUGAUGUCGUAAGAAUGGUGGAUAUUGAGUUGAAGUCAACUACGAGUUACAUAUAUGAAGCAAUGAGAUUGGCGAGGUAA